AUGCAUGAUAAUGAAGAGUACGAUAAUGACUUUAUUGACUUUGCUUGUGGCAGUGACAAUGGUGCAAGCAGUAGUAGUAGCAGCAAUAAUACAAAGAUGAAGGAGAAGCAGAAGGACAAGAAGAGAAAGAGAAAAGAGAAAGAGGUGGAGGAGCAGGUGGUGGCCAACAAGAAGGAGGAUGAACAAGUUGACAUUGAAAACCACAAAGAGUCAGAGGAUAAGAGCAAGAAAAAGAAGAAGAAGAGCAAGAAGGAUGACAACAAACAAGAUGAAGUGGUAGAGACUGCAGCUGACAAAGAAGAGAAUGACAGGACAGUGGAGCAAGAAGACAAAAUGGAGAAAAAGAAGAAGAACAAGAAAGACAAGAAGGUCGAGGUGGUGACUGAGGACAAGCCAUGCGAGGAACAAGAUGAUAAGAAAGAGAAGAAGAAAAAGAAGAACAAGGAGGUGGAAGAUAAGGUGGAGGAGCCAAUAAUACAAACACAUGAGGAUAAGGAUGAGGACAAGGAAAGAGAGGAGAGGAGGAGGAAGAGGAGAGAGGGAAAGAAGAAACGGAAUAAAUCCAAGAAUAGUGAUACCAACAACAACAUGAAUAAUAAUAGUAAUAAUAAUAACAAAGACAAUGACAAUGACAACAAGAAGAAUAAGAAUUAUAACAAGAAUUAUAAAGUAAAGGACACUACUACUGGAAUAGUUCCAGCCACACCCCCAACACAAGCCCAAGCCCCAGAGGAACCAAAGGAGUGCAUCAUCUGUGUGGACAAGAUGACAGCCGAGUCCACUGUUGAUGGAUGCCAACACAGUUUCUGCUUCGAAUGUAUAUUAGAGUGGAGUAAGCAGACCAACACAUGUCCACUCUGCAAGACACGUUUCAAAGUGAUCAAGAGGGUCAACGUAGAGAAGGGAAAGAAGAACAUUGUGAGGGUCAAGAAUAAGGAACAGAAGGCAGAGUAUACUGCUGAGGAGAUUGCUGCAUUGGUUGGAGAUGAUUAUGAUGAUGAGGAUGAUGAGGAUGACGAAGAUUAUAUCCCAUCGGAUGACUCGAUACAUGAGUUCAUCACUGAUGCCGAGGAAGAGGAGGAGGCAGGCUUCAGACUCGCAGACUUCUUCCCCAGCAUGCAUCGUCGACGUGUUGGACGGUUGGUCCAGGCACGUGUUGGCAACAACAACAAUAACCCAAUCAACCUGGAGGAGGACCCCGUAGUUCAUGUCAUCCACGACAACAACGACAGUCACAUGGUCAUCGACAGUGAUGACGAGCACCACGCCAUGGACCUGGACGAAGAUGACGAUGACGACGAAGAUUAUGACGAAGACCUGGACGAGUACGAAGAGGAGGCCAUUGAGGACAGCGCAUCAGAGUCCGAGUUGGAGCGUCAUCUUGAACCUGAUCCCAGUGGUGACUGUGGUGGAUGUGGAGACUGUGACCUAUGUCUUGAAGGCGAUGACCUUGAUGACGAGGCUGUAAUGGACAGAGAUAGCAGCGAGGAAGAGUCAGAUGAGGAGUUGGAAGAUGAGUCUGAGGAUGAAGAUGAUGAUGCUGUGGUCGAAGUCCCCCCAGCAAGAACCAGAUCAAUGACACGCCAACAACAACAACAGCAACAGUUAGAACAACGACGUCAAGAGAGCUUUAGCCGACUCAGAAGGAGAACUUCGCCAUCAUCAGAUGUAUCAACUUCACCAACCAUCUCAUUGGACUCUGACGACGAUAAUAAUGUCGACGUCGAUGAUGUCGCUGAUGUCGCUGAUGUCGACGAUGAUGAUGUGAUGGUAGUUGAUGAGAUACCAACUCCACCACCCACACGACGACUUAGGAAGCGUGUCGUCAAAGUUGAUAACGAGGUCGAGUCUGAGGACAUUGACUUUGAAUAA